AUGAAGAAGAUGACAGUCCAAAUGUGGACAUCGGAUCAGUCAUUUAUGGUUUUUGCAUUAGUAAGCAUAGCGAUGGUACUGGCAUCAGUGACUGGCAUGAUACUCGGCUCAACUCCCGAACUACAAGCAGCAGCAACAAAUAGUUCUGGUGCCGCAUCAAAACUUGAUUUCCGACCUCAUUCUAUUUUAGAAAUUGUUGAACUGAUUUGUAUAAUCUGGUUUACAUUUGAAUAUUUUGCACGUUUUUUGGUUUGUACAGAGAAAGGAAAAUUUGUGCUACAACCGCUGAAU